AUGUUUCUUUCUUCAGGUAAAGACUGGAUAAAAGUCUCCCAAGGUCAUCUAAUUCCAUCUCCUUCUUAUGAAAUAGAAAGUAAUCAAUCCCAACUUAGCAAUAAUAGAACCGGGCAUAUUCUGGGUGAGAUGUCUGCAAAUUCUGAAUAUAGGAAUGAUUUUGAAAAUAAUGCUAAUCUUUCUGUGCACAAUGAAAUUCAGAAAGAUGAACGGUCAUGUUCUGAAAGAGAGAAAACUUUUAAUGUGCUAUCAAGUGUUGCUGAAAAUCGGACAAAUGACACAGGAGAGAAGCCAUAUUCAUGUUCAGAAUGUGGGAAGUGUUUUCGUCUGACAGCACAUCUUGUGAGACAUCAGAGAAUUCACACAGGAGAGAAGCCAUAUUCAUGUUCAGAAUGUGGGAAGUGUUUUUGUUUGACAGCACAUCUUGUGAGACAUCGGAGAAUUCACACAGGAGAGAAGCCAUUUUCAUGUUUAGAAUGUGGGAAAUGUUUUAGUCGGAAAUCACAUCUUGUUGAACAUCAAAAAACUCACACAGGAGAGAAGCCAUUUUCAUGUUCGGAAUGUGGGAAGUGUUUUAGUAAAAAAUCAAUUCUUGAGGUACAUCAGAGAAUUCACACCGGGGUUAAGCCAUUUUCAUGCCCUGAAUGUGGGAAAUAUUUUAAUCAGAAAUCAGAUCUUGUGAAACAUAUGAGAAAUUACACCGGCAAGAAGCCAUUUCCAUGUGCUGAAUGUGAAAAGUGUUUUAAUUCGAAAGCACAGCUUGAUAUACAUCUUAGAACUCACACAGGAGAGAAGCCAUAUUUGUGUCCUGAAUGUGAGAAAUAUUUUAGUAUUAAAUCUAAUUUUGUGCAACAUCAAAGAAUUCACACAGGAGAGAAGCCAUUUUCUUGUCCCGAAUGUGAGAAGUGUUUUAAUUACAAAUCAAGUUUUGUGCUACACCAGAGAAUUCACACCGGAGAGAAGCCAUUUUCUUGUCCCGAAUGUGAGAAGUGUUUUAAUAAAAAAUCAAGUCUUGUGCAACAUCAGAGAAUUCACACUGGAGAGAAGCCAUUUUCUUGUCCCGAAUGUGAGAAGUGUUUUAAUAACAAAUCAAGUCUUGUGCAACAUCAGAGAAUUCACACCGGAGAGAAGCCAUUUUCAUGUCAUGAAUGUGGGAAAUAUUUUAAUGAAAAAUCUAAUCUUGAUUCACAUCUGAGAAAUCACACAGUAGAGAAGCCAUUUUCUUGUCCAGAAUGUGAGAAGUGUUUUAGUGAGAAAUCAAAUCUUGUUCGACAUCAGAAAACUCACACAAGAGAAAAGCCAUUUUUAUGCUCAGAAUGUGGGAAGUGGUUUAGUGAGAAAUCAAGCUUUGUGAGACACCUGAGAAUUCACACAGAAGAGAAGCCUAUUUAA